AUGAAAAAGUCAACUUUAAUUAUAGUAUGUUAUCUGUUUACUUUUCACUGUGCCACACGACUAAUAGAUAAAACUAUUAACCCACGGUUGCUGAACAGAUCAGUUAAUAGGACAUUCUAUACAAAAAAUCAGUUACUCCACAUUGAUUACGAAAUACUUAUGGAAUACCAUGGAAAUACAUCCGCAGUUGGUUUCAUCUUUUCUGUGGAAAGUAUAUUAGCAAAUAAUGUCGUGCAUCUGGAGGCAGUGCAGUUGGAUUCUUUCACGGAAUCAAAGCUGAGAAUACAAGAGGUAAAUGUUGAGAAUUUGAGUGGAGUAUACUGGUUUAUAGGUUUCAAGCACCCACUGCUGAAUCGUCAGUCAGUUCGCGUUAAAACGAGCGCAGUACUUGCACGAUGCCUGCGCCCGUUACCAGCCUACAUAAAUCAAGAAGAAGUGCAGUUAGUUGUAUUACAUGCUAGCCAUUAUUUUUAUAGUGCUUACUGCACUGAUCAACAGGUUACAGUUGUUAAACUUCCCAGUUUCAAUGUAGAAAGUUAUUCAAUUAUUCAGCCAACAAAAAAAUAUUUAAACACCAUUUCGUAUGGGCCUUACAGAGGCAUCUCAGCAUUCAAUACAAGUGACAUGCGGAUUCAUUUUGAGUCCAAUGCGGCACUUUUAACUGUAAAAAGUCUCAAACGUGUUAUAAAAAUAUCUCCUUGGGGUAACAUUGCUGUAGCAGAGAGAAUCAGAUUACAGAACACUGGAGCUGCCUUAAAAGGGCCGUUCUCCAGAUACGUGUAUAUGAUGCACCAUGGAAUGUCUGAUACAGCUAGUGCUAACAACAUUACACCAGUUCUGCCGAAGAGUGCAAACAAUAUUUAUUACAUUGAUGACCUUGGGAAUAUUUCAACUUCUCAUGUUCUAAACACAGAAGAUUCAAUUAAUCUCACAUUAGAGUUUAGAUAUCCACUACUUGGUGGCUGGAAUAUUAGUUUAAUAAUUGGCUAUGAUGUACCAGCUAGUGAAUAUGUCUUCCACAUUGAAGAUGACUAUGUCUUACAUAUGCCUCUCAUUAAUAAUUUAUAUGAAGGUAUGUUUAUAGAAACUUUGGAAACUGUGGUAAUAAUUCCUGAAGGUGCAGUAGGUGGAGAAUUAGUUAUUCCAUUCCCUGUUGACAGGAAAGAUAUAAGCAAAUAUUACAUGCUACUGGACACUGUAGGAAGGACUGCUGUAAGCUUCCAUAUAAACAAUUUGGUUGACAAACAUAUUCAGUGUUUCCAAGUGCAUUACCAUGUACCAAAAACAGUGUUGAUUUACAAACCAGUGCUAUUAAUUGUUCUGAUAUUUAUAUUGAUUGUUCUGCUCUGGACCAUAAAAAAUUACAAAAUAUUGUCAGAUUUUGUUUCAGUGAAUUACUGGAAUAGAAUGCCUGGAAGAGAUGCAACGUCUGAAGACAGCAGCUGUAAAAAUGAAAAUGAAAUAAAAUGA